AUGGUUUCCCAUGACCAAACAGACCAAGAAAAAGGUCCCGAAAUCACACUGGCCGCUGACGAGCAGAUUAACUAUGCGCAACGACCAAAAUGCUUCAGUUCAACCCUCCAGGAAUGCCUGUUCGUCCUGACGGCCACCAUGGCCAUCGGCCAGCAAUCCUUUUUCCAAGGCUGCAUCGUCGGCGUGACUGCAUCAAUCGGAGCGGAUCUAGAGAUGAACUCGGCUGAAAUCACUUGGAUCAAUGCCGGCGCCUCUCUCAGCAGCGGUGCCUUUCUACUGACAUUCGGUAAACUAGCCGACAUGUUUGGCCGGAAAGUGCUUUUCAUCAUCGGCAUGGCUGGGUUUACCAUAUCUCUGUUGAUCGCCGGCUUCGCCACCAACGCUAUCUAUAUGGACGUUUUCUCCGGUAUCCUGGGUUUGUUCGCAGCCGCCGUGGUUCCCCCGGCAGUUGGUGCUCUAGGAGCCGUGUAUGAGAAGCCGUCGAAGCGUAAGAAUCGCGCGUUUGCGUGCUUCAGUGCCGGCAAUCCGCUUGGUUUUGUGGGUGGCAUGAUUAUUUCAGGUGUUGCGUCAAAUGAGUAUAACUGGCGUGCAUCAUUUUGGGCUCUUGCUGUUGUGUAUGCUAUCUUCACGGCGUUGACUGUGUGGACGGUUCCUCCUGAUGGGUUUGCGAGGACCCCUGUUAGCGUUGAGGCGUUUAAGAAGUUUGACCUUCUUGGUACGGCCUUGGUGGUCGUCGGGUUUGCAUUCUUCUCUAGCUCGCUUUCACUUGCUGGGGACGCACCAGAUGGCUGGAAAACAGGAUACGUUCUUGCUCUAUUCAUCGUCGGCUUUUUCCUGCUUGUCGCUUUCCUAUGGUGGCAAUCGAUUACAGCAAACCCCCUCAUGCCACUAUGGGUCUGGAAAGAUCGCAAUUUCGCCCUGCUCAUGGCAAUCUUUUGCCUCGGCUUCAUGGGCUUCUCUGCUGUCAGUUUCUACCUAUCGCUCUAUCUCCAAAAUGUCAAACACCUCACCGCACUGGAGAUUACUGCACGAUUGAUGCCAAUGGUAGUCAGUGGUGUUUCGGUGAAUGUCGUCUGUGGCCUAAUUCUACACCGCGUUAACAACAGCGUGUUAACCGGGAUCGGUGCAUUGGCAUAUACCGCUUCCUUCCUGAUUUUGAGCUUCAUGAAAGAGGAUGCCAUCUACUGGGAAUAUAUAUUCCCAGCUCUGAUCCUUGUGGUCGUUGGAGCUGAUAUUCAGUUCAACGUUACAAAUAUGUAUGUCAUGUCGUCACUUCCAUCUGACCAGCAAUCAAUUGCCGGUGGAAUCUUCAAUACAGUCAGCAAACUAUGCAACAAUUUAGGUCUUGGCAUCGCUACUUCUGUCGAAAGUGCGAUGGCUAAUCAGAUGACUGCUUCUACGCCUGCUAUCAGACCCUAUCUGACUGCCUAUUGGUUUGCUGCAGCAGCAGCUGGUACUUCCCUUUUCAUGGUGCCUUUCUUGACACUGGGGACUCAGGGGGGUGAUGCACCCACUGAGGCUGGGGACGAGAGUGUGGAAGAGCUGGCUGAGCAGAAGGCCAUUAUCGAUGCAAAUUCCGCGCCUGUGGCUCCUGGAACGGAGAUUAUUUCGGAGACUCCAGCUUUGGCAAUUGCAGAUAAGCGUUGA